AUGCGCUGGGAUGUUAGCAUUAUGUUGGAAGUUUGGAGACAGGCGUUGGAGUCCAAAAAUUUCAAGUUGAGUAGGUCGGAAACUGAAUACUUGGAGUGCAAGUUCAGUGAUGAGAGAUAUGAAGAAGAAGUGGAAGCAAGUAUUGAAACUCAAGUCAUUCCCAAAAGAUAUAGUUUCAAGUAUCUUGAGUCUAUAAUUCAAGGCAACAGGGAGAUUGACGAGGAUGUUACUCAACACAUUAGAGCGGAUUGGAUGAGAUGGAGGCUAGCUUCGGGGGUUUUAUGCGAUAAGAAUGUACCGCUCAGACUUAAGGGCAAAUUUUACAUGGUGGUGGUUAGACCUGUUAUGUUGUAUGGAGCUGAAUGUUGGCUCGUUAAGAAAUUCCAUGUCCAAAAGAUGAGCAUAACUGAAAUGAGGAUGUUGAGAUGA